AUGUCCGUUCGUCGCAGCAAGGCGAUGCCCACCGACGGCCCGACGGCCAAAUUUCUCUACACCAUUAUCAAGCAGCUAGACCUGAAGUCGAUUGACUGGAACUUAGUAGCCUCGCAACUCGAAAUCUCCAACGGCCAUGCCGCCCGAAUGCGCUUCUCCCGUUUCAAACAGCAAAUGGAAGGCCUCACCUCAACACCGCGCGCCUCAAAACCGAAGAAAACAACCAAAACCGGUAGCGAGAAGGGAAGCAAGCCUGGUCUGGAGAAAGGGGUGGUUUCACCUCCACCUGCGCCACCAGUCAAGCAGGAGACGGGGACAGAGACGGCGUACGACCCGGGCCAGAGUCCGUAUAUCAAGACGGAGUCGGAGCCACAUCUGCAGAGGAUCCCAACAUUGGAGGAUCCUUCUGUGCCAACCACGUUGUAUACGAGGCCGUUGCAGCCGUAUCGUCCACAGCAGCAAUUCUAUCAACAGCAAUACCCAUCCUACGCAUAUUCCCCGUACACCACAUACAACCCGUAUCCGCCAAUUACAGUUGCUCCGACGGACUUGACUAUGUCCGCGAGCAUGUCACCGUUUUCUUCGCCAAUGUCGAUAGGAUUUGAGAUGCCGUCAAGUGCGUCUUCCUCGUGGACAGUGAAGAGUGAAGGGGAGGAUGGAGGGUCGAAUGAGCCGGUCAAGUUGGAGGAAAGACAGGAGACUUAG